ACUAUUGAAGGCCCUGCUUUUCCUUUUCUCCCCCUUAGCGACUCUAUGGUGCUUUUCUUUGCUGCAAAGUAGAGGCUGGAAAAAGAGAUUUUUCAGCUCCGGGGAGGGAAUCCGGUAAGUGUGAAGCGCCUUGAGGCAGGAGCAGAGAGCUCGCCUGGAAUAGGAAGCUUUGCUUUAGGGAUCUGCUGGAUCAGACAGACCCCUCCCAGACCAGCCUCCUGCUCCCAACAGUGGGCAGCCAGACCUCUCUGGGAUGCUCAGAGGCAGCAAGGCAGCAGCAAACCUCUUGCUGCUCUCUGCCUCCAGCAUCUUGUGAUCACAGGUAAACUGCUCCUGAACAUGCAGGUUCCACGGAGCUCUGAUGAGUUUUAUAACAUCCUCUGUGGAUUUCUCUGUCCCACCCCUUUUAAACAUAAAGUCUAUCAAAGACUAUUCUUCAUCAUGGCUAUGUCUUCAGGGACAUUAUGUCAGGGGUGGUCAGAAGUCAGACGGGGUGAUUUGCAGUAGAUCACUAAGAGUCUCUAAGGCUCCUUGAUUGCCAGUUGGUUAGAAAUAGCAGCAACAACUCCUUCUCCCACCCUGCAAAAAUGAAAGGACCAUUCUGAAUGUGAGAAAGCGCAGUGGGAAACCAGGACUGGACUCUCAUGUGAAAGGGCUGUAAUCAGGGGGCCAACUGCACUAUGCAUUUAGCGCAAUGACGUGGGUGGUGCUGUGGGUUAAACCACAGAGCCUAGGACUUGCCGAUCAGAAGGUCGGCGGUUCGAAUCCCCGCGACCGGGUGAGCUCCCAUUGCUCAGUCCCUGCUCCUGCCAACCUAGCAGUUCAAAAGCACGUCAAAGUGCAAGUAAAUAAAUAGGUACCACUCCAGCGGGAAGGUAAACGGCGUUUCUGUGCAUUGCUCUGGUUCGCCAGAAGCAGCAUAGUCAUGCUGGCCACAUGACCUGGAAGCUGUACGCCGGCUCCCUCAGCCAAUAAAGCGAGAUGAGCGCUGCAACCCCAGAGUCAGCCACGACCGGACCUAAUGGUCAGGGGUCCUUUACCUUUAAACUGUCAUGGCUUCCCCCAAAGAAUCCUGGGAACUGUAGUUUGUUAAGAGUGCUGAGAGGAGACCCCCUAUGCCCCUCACAGAGCUACAGUUCUCUGAGGACUGAGCAUGCUCAGUGUGCACAGAAUGCUGGCUGCUGAUUGGUGGGAUGGAAAACAUGGGAGCAGAGAAUGGAAUGGAGUAUCCUGGACAGGAGUGUUCCACGAUGCAACUUUUCGCUGCAGCUCCCACUGAUUCUCUUUCCUUGCAGAGGCACCGGGCCUUAUAAACAAUCUGGACCUGGCAGUUGACAUCACCGAGAAACAUGGGAUAGCAGUGUGUGAGUGACCCCUGCCAAGCCCCGGAGUUAAGAGAGGUGAUGGCGUCCAAACGCAGGAAUGCAGCUGUCUGGGCUGUCCCCCGAGAUGUCCUGCUGGAGGACACAGUGAAGACGGAGGCCCAGGAGGAGGCAUCGGAGUCUGAACCAGAGGAGGCUGCAGGAACAGGCCCCUUGGCCCUCCGCUCAGAGAGCCUCAAGGAAUUGUGGGAAGGGACCAUAACAGAGCACAUUAAGCAGGAACCCGAGGAAGUGGCUCAGGAGGAGUGCUGGGAAGCUCAGUGUCAGGGACUCCUGAAGGCUGUGUGGUCUCCGCAGCCUGAGCCGGGAAACCUGCAGCUGGCCAGCAAUGGCCCAAGGGACGCUCAGGCUUUCUUUGAGGGGCGAUCAGACACUGGGCGAGGCAGGGUGAUCCGCAACCUGCCCGGCCCUGGAGGAGACGUCUCCCAGCCCACCCACAGCAUAUUGGCCCUGGAUCGUGGGGAAAUGAAGAAGGAGGCUCCCAGCCAGGAGGUGGAGCGCCUGUGCUUCAGGCAGUUCCUCUACCAGGAGGCCGAGGGGCCGCGAGAUCUCUGUGGGAUGCUGUGGAUGCUCUGCCAUCGGUGGCUGCAGCCGGAGAGGCGCACCAAGGAGCAGAUCCUGGAGCUGGUGAUCCUGGAGCAGUUCCUGGCCAUCCUGCCCCCGGAGAUGCAGAACUGGGUCAGGGAAGGCGGGCCGGAGACUUGCGGUCAGGCAGUCGGCCUGGCGGAGGAUUUCCUGGAGAGGCAGCAAGAGAACGAGCACGAAAUACAACAGGUGAGAGGGCAGGAGAUCAGUCCUGGGAAGAACAAAAGGAACAGUGGCAAGGAGCCCAGAGGACUAGCCAUUGGGGCAGUUUUUGCUGACUGUAAAUGUGCAUUGGACUGACUGUUCCCUGAGAUCGGGCAUAGGCAAACUUGGCCCUCCAGAUGUUUAGGGACUACAAUUCCCAUCAUCCCUGCCCACUGGCCCUGCCAGCUGGGGAUCAUGGGAGUUGAAGGCCAAAAACAUCUGGAGGGCCGAGUUUGCCUAUGCCUGCCCUAGAUGGUUCAAAAAUAGGAUCUGGCUGAAUCAGCAGGGGUUGGCUGUAUUGGCAAAGUAGAACCUCCAGGUUCUGAGGCAGUGUACCUUAGAACGCCACUUGCUGGGGGAAGACUAAGGAUGGUGGGCAACGCACUCUCUGCCCUAAUGGACCAGCUUUCACUGCUGUGAACAGGCAGUCUGUGUUGGUUUCUGGCCCUUCAGGGCUCUGUAUCUGCCAUUUUGAGAGAGAAGCUAUGUGGACACAGGAGUGAUGGAUUCCUGUGCUCCAGUCCCUGUCUUGAGAUGGGCUGCCACAUUCUGCCCCAGCUGGUUUAAUGCAUCCCCCUUCAGUGGUAGCCUUUGCCUGAAGAAGGUCUCCUUGAGAUUCUGGAGAGCUGCUGCCAGUCAGUGUAGGCAAUACUGUGAAAGAUGGGCCAAUGGCCUGACUCAGUCAAAGGCAGGGAGUCUUUGGCCCUCCAGAUGUUGCUGGACUCCCACUCCCCUCACCCCUGACCCGUGGCAAUGCUGGCUGGGGGCUGAUGGGAAUUAGAGUCCUGUAGCAUCUGGAGAAGCUCCAGAGGUUCCCCACCCCUGAAUCUCAGGCGAUUCGCACCCAUUUCUUUGUCUCGUUCUUUCUGCUGUUUCAGGUCCUCUGGCCCUUCAAGGAGAAAGCAGAUGAUUCCCCUGAGGCUGACGGGGCUCUGUCAGACUCCAGCAAGUGGCCGCUCAUCAGAGUGGUCAAGCAGGAAGAUACAGCUGCUGAUGCCCCUUGGCUGGGUAAGGAGUCUUUGGCUGGGGGGGGGGAGCUCUCUUGCAGAGUGAGUUAUGCAAGUGAGGGGCCACCACAAUAAAGGCUCUGGCUGGAGGUCUAGUGCCCACCAAUCUAACUGACCUUACAGGUGCACUAGCAAUCAGGAUCUCUGAGGCCACACUUAGGGCCUGUGUGAGUUCCUGUAGGUCAGCCUUUCUCAACCUGUGGGUCCCCAGAUGUUGUUGAACUACAACUCCCAUCACCCCUAGCUAGCAAGGCCAGAGCUCAGGGAUGAUGGGAGUUGUAGUCCAACAACAUCUGGGGACCCACAGGUUGAGAACUGCUGCUGUAGGUGGUUCUUCAAAUAACUGGGCUCCAAACCCCUUAUUUGAUUAUUAUCCAGGCCCUCCUUUUUCCUUGGGGAAGGAAAAUCUCUCUUUCUAAGGAUCCCUUUCCCCCCUCUAACAGAUGGUGAGGAGAAGAAGAUUGUGCCAGUCAAUUCUGAAGAAGCUGAACCACGUUGGAUGCUGCCAGAGAGAGCAGAACGGACUGUAUCCCGAUAUGCCGACUGGGGAGAAGCAUCCGAAAACCAGCAGGAAACUCACCCCCAUAAUGAAGAAGGCAAAUCCAUUCCUUUCCAGCUCCCUGCCAUGCCAGUCCAGCAAAGGUUCCUCAAGGGUGAGACAUGCGCUGAGUGCAGAAAAUCUUUUCGCUGCAAGGCGGAACUCACAGAACACCAGAGAAUGCACUCAGGAGAGAAACCCUACAUCUGCUCCGACUGUGGGAAGAGCUUCUGCAGGAGGAAUGUCCUAGUUGCACAUCAGAGAAUCCACACCGGGGAAAAACCCUUCAACUGUCCGGACUGCGGGAAAAACUUCAACCAGCGAUCACAUCUUAUGGCACAUGAGAGAACCCACACGCAAGAGAAGCCCUUUGCUUGCCUGGACUGCGGACAGAGCUUUAGUAGGCGCACUGGGCUUGUGGCUCACCAGAGGAUCCACACAGGAGAGAAGCCCUAUCACUGCCAAGACUGCGGGAAAAGUUUCAGGCAGAGAUUCGAUCUUAUUCGACAUCAGAGAAUCCACACGGGCGAGAAGCCACACCAGUGCCCCGACUGCGCCAAAAGCUUCAGGAACAAAUCCGCUUUCCUCGUGCACAGAAGGAUCCACACUGAGGAGAAACCGUACCCGUGCUCUGGGUGUGGGAAGAACUUCCGGCAUCGCACCAACCUCCUCGCGCACGAAAGGAUCCACACGGGAGAGAAGCCCUACAAGUGCGGAGAGUGUGGGAAGAGUUUUGGUGACGGGUCGUCCCUCAUGAAACACAAGCGAGCCCACACGGGCGAGAAGCCCUACAAGUGCGCCGAGUGUGGGAAAUGCUUCUCUCAGAACGCCGGCCUGGUUCAGCACGAGAAGAUCCACACGGGAGAAAAACCCUUCCAGUGCCCAGACUGUCCCAAAAGCUUCCGGGACAAGUCGGCCUUUGUCGUUCACCACAGAACACACACGAGGGAGAAACCGUUUCAUUGCUCGAUCUGCGAGAAGAGCUUCAGCCAUCGCUCCAACCUUCUCAAACACGAAAGAACCCACACUGGGGUGAAGCCAUACAAGUGCCUGGAGUGCGGAAAGGGCUUCACUCAGAGGCCAAAUCUCCUCGUACACGCGAGAAGCCAUUUGAAAGAGGAAGGGGAGAUUGGCUAAGAGGGUGGGGAGAACUACCUCAAUGGGCAUCCCCGGUUGGAAAAUAAAAUAAGGUCCUGAGUUUUAGAGAUCUCUAUUUUGUUGCCAUUUGCCACUGUUAUUGAGUGGCAAAGAGGAAGGUCAGGAGAAGUAUGUGCUUUUUAUCUGUGGCAUAAAAGGAAGGGGAGGGUGUCAGGCUGCGGUCAAAUCUCAUAGCAGAUGGAGAGACCCCCUUGAAAAGGUCCUUUCCGUAUCAUUCACUAAUUAAAUCCUAUAGGAAUGAAAGAGCCACUUAAGAAUACAGUCGUACCUUGGAUCUCAAACGCCUUGGCUCCCGAACUAUCAAAACCUAGAGGUGAGUGUUCCGGCUUUCAAGCGAAUUUUGGAAGCUGAAUGUCUGGCGUGGCUUCUGCAGCUUCCGAUUGGCUGCAGGACGGUCCUGCGGCCAAUCGGAAGCCGCACCUUGGUUUUUUAACAGUUCCGAGGAGUCGAAUGGACUCCCGGAACGUAUUAUGUUCGAGAACCAAGGUACGACUUUAUCAGGAAAGCCAAAGGUCUAUUUAGUCCAACAUCAAGUUUUGCACAGCUGAGUUUAGUUUCUUCUUCAAAUGUCGCCGUCCCAGGAAGCUUUGCCCCACAGCCACUCACAAUGAACAUUAACGUCUUCAGAGUAUACAUUACAGUUAAUUUAUUUUAAAACAAAAACAGAAACCUGCGCAUCUGCUGCAACAAAUGUCAAUGGUGUGGGGGAGGUGUCUUUAUUCCAUCAUGUGCCACCACCCUGUGGGAAACGCAGGGAAAGGAGAGCAGGCUGCACUGGUCAGUAGUCAGUGGUGCCGAUAGUGGAGCCAGAGUGAGUCCUGCCUGAUCUUUGAGAGGGGUCAAUUCCACAGGCAUGUGUUAUUCCAGCUGUUAGUAUCUAAGGAGAGAAAUCAGAUGCACCUGCUACCGAAAUGAUGCUCCUUGGGGGAGCACUGUGUAUUUGGGGUGGGGCUGAGGAACACAAGGAAGGUGCCCUGCGAAACGUAUAGGGCAGCACAGCCCAUGGGGCCCCUUCUGGAAGCUGCCGGACUGCAGCUCCCACCCUCUCUGACCCCUGGCCAUGCUGGAUGGGUCAGAGGGGAGUUGGAGUCCAGCAUUAUCCAGAGGACACCUCAUUUGAUGCCCCCGAUAGACAGAAUCCAGCCUGUAAAUAAGGAACGUUAAUGCAUCCACUCAAAACACAUGUAACUGGGCAGAAGCCCCACUCAAUGCAAUAAGGUUUACUUCUGACAACAUGUGGAGAUGGCGAGGCUGUAUUUGCAGAGGGCAUUUGAAGCUGAUGCCCUGUUCAAUGUCUUUUUCUUUUUCUUCCUGUCUUAGGUCUCCAUGCUAUCCUGCAUGAUGUGGGUGAAGGGGCUUAUUUUUCAGUUCUCUAUUAAUGCAAUGAUGCAUGCAUUUUCACAGCUGCAUAAGGUCUUGUGGGGAGAGGAAGGUUUCCUAGAAUUGCUGAGUUGCGAGGGACUCUGAAGGUCAUCUAGUCCCACCCCCCGCAGUGCAGGAAACUUUUGCCCAACGUGGGGCUCAGACCCACAACCCUGAGAUUAAGAGUCUCAUCCUCUGCCAAAUCAGACAUCUCAAAAUGAAAACAAGAUUGAAGGUGAGAAAAUUUAUUAGGACUCCUAAAAAUGUGACUGUCUCUUUAAGAAGCAGCAGAGGGAAUUCUGGGAAAAGGAAAGAAAAUGCAAAGCAAGAGCAACCCAUUUUUGUUUGGUUAUUUCUGCUGGUUUUGACUGGAAUGAAUCCUCUCAAAGGGCCCUUGGAAAACUGCCCAACCUGCUCUUGGCGGGUAAAUGGUUUUUAUGUCAGUCACUCUGGUCUGGAGAGAAACUCCUGCUGGGCCUGAGAGGCAGAUUUAGUCUCCUCAGGAGAUCCUGAGGUGGGUUUUGUUAUCCAAUAGACGAAAGAAAGGGAGGAGGGUCUCUCCAGAGAAGGAGGCUCCUGAGAACGUGUAGAGUUCGGCUCCUGAGUCAGCGUCAGAAAAAGACACACGUCCCCCUUCAUAGUCCAGAGUCACCCGGAUCCUCCUGGGCUUCUCCCUCAGGGACAGAGGAGAGUCAUCAGGGGAGGUGCAGGCCAAGUAGCCCCCUCCCCACUUCCCCACAGCCCAGAUCCCUCUCUCAGGCCUUAAGGGGAAGAUGCCCUUUCUCUCCACAGACUUCCUGGCGACCCCCAAAACCCACAAUUCCCCACUUUCCACAGUGACUUCCCAGAAAUGUCUGCCUUCUGUGAAUCCCUCACGUCCCAACACACAAGAGUAGCGUCUGAAUCUCUCAGGAUUAUCAGGCAGGGCUUGAGGUUUGUCUCCCCAUCUCACACUUUUCCUAUCCUCGGACAAGAUGAGUUCAGGAUGGGCUGUGUCUGGAUCCAGAGUGACAUUUGCUGUUGGGGAGAAGAUGAGGGAAAGAGAAGAAUAGGCAGAGUCAGCUGAGAGACAGAAACGGACAUCCUGAUAAAUAAAAAACACCCAAAAAACCCAGAUUCCCUUUCAGAUCAAGGGGAUUUCUUUGCAUCGCAUGCAAGACUGAGACGACUCCUUGCAGACUCUGAUCAGAAUAAAUAAAUAUCUUCCUUGAUGGUUUUUAAAUCAGUUUUCUUCACUUUCUUAUAUCCGAUGUGUAUUGUGCCUGCCCUCCUCUCAUCCCAGGCAUUUUCUAAGAGGAAAAACCACCCAGGAACCCUUUUACUCAUCUCUUCUGUGUUAUCUAAGGGGAAAGAGAGGAGAAUUGGAGGAGGCAGGAGAGGAUUGGCCUUUGGGGAGCUCUGGGUUGGGAUAUGAGGACCCCCCUGUAAUAAUAAUAAUAAUAAUAAUAAUAAUAAUAAUAAUAAUAUUUGCCUACUGCCCUUCAUCCAUAGGUCUCAGGGUGGUUCACAGCAUAAAAAUACAACAUAAAACCACAUAUAGGCCUCUCCUCACUUUCACUGGGGUCAUGUUCUGGGCCCUCGUGCCCACAAGUCAAAAUCGCAUUAAGUGGGGAGCCUGUUUAUUCCUGCUCUCCAUCUCUCUCACCCGCUUGAUCUCUCCUUGCCUUCCUCCCUACCAUGUUGGAAGUUUAGGGCUUGCCGCCAGGGAAGAGAGAGCAGUUGGCAGGGGAAUUUUACAAAGGACUUCUUAAUCCAUGCUUCUCUUUUGGAU